AUGGAGUCCUUGUCUGACGAGUUAUUUCUAACGAUCUUUCGUUAUCUGCAUGAAUUUGAUAUAGUCUAUGCAUUUAGUAAUCUCAGUCAACGUUUUCAUAGUUUAACUCAAGCCAAUAUUUCUCAUCAACGAUUCUGUGCGUUCUACCAGAAUAUUCUUUCACAUCAGUACAACAAAACACGCUCUCUUCAACUACUGCAGUUACACGUUUAUCUAUUGAUUGAUCUCGAGUCACUAACAUUGAUAUUGACUGUAACUCAUGAUUUCAUUCUUGAUGAACUUUCAAAAUAUUCAUCGUUGAAUUUACACGCGUGCCCGGAUUUCAAGGACGUCUCAUCGAUGCCUCAUGUUAAACAUCUCUCAAUUACUGUAAAACCAAUCAAUACAUUAGAAAAAGUCUUUGAAGCGAUGCCCGAUCUCGAGAAAUUGGUGUUAUCAGUGUUUAAAUUCAGUGGCUUCAAAGAUAUAUAA